UUUGUUUGGAGUAUAAUUUCUUCUUCUUCUUCUCCUUCUCAUUUCUAUGUGCCUCUCUGUCUCUCCCGUCUCUCUCUUUUAAAAAACCCCUCUCAUCGGCAGUCUUUUCAGACCCAACUUGGAUGGGUAGGGAGGGAUAUAUAGAGAGGGAGAGACUCUGCUUCACUCUGGGUUUUUUGAGUUUUUGAAUCAGUUAUUGUUCUUUCCAUCAAAAUCUGCUCUUAAUCUAUAAAAUCUCAAUAUAGAACACUGAAAAAAUCAUAACCCAAUGGCCAUUUCUUGUUGAAUCAUAAAAAAAUAAAGCUUUUUUUUUUAAGUGGGUGUUGGUGAUGGCACCAAGUUUUGACGGUUCUGUUCCAAGCCUUCUGUGUGCGGAGGAGGAUAGCAGCGUUUUUGAUGACAACAAUUGCAAUGGUGUAGUGGGGGAGUUUGAUACUACUUCGCAGUACCAUUGGAAUCAUCGAAACAUUUAUAACAACCUGCCUUCUGAUGAUGGAGAUGGGUUACCAUUGCAGAGUGAAGCAUGUGUGAUUUCGAUUAUUGAAAAGGAAUGCCAGCACAUGCCCUCUGUUCAUUACUUGGGGAGGCUUCAAAAUGGGGAUUUGGACGUGGGGGCAAGAAAGGGGGCUAUUGAUUGGAUCGGAAAGGUACAAGCUCAUUAUGAUUUUGGUCAUCUAUGUGCAUAUCUAGCAAUAAAUUACUUGGACAGAUUUCUUUCUGCGUAUGAAUUACCUAAGGGCAAACCUUGGAUGAUGCAGUUAUUGGCCGUGGCAUGUUUGUCUCUGGCAGCAAAAUUGGAAGAAACUGAAGUUCCUUUAUCUCUAGAUCUACAGAUGGGUGAUGCUAAAUAUAUAUUUGAGGCUAGAACAAUACAAAGAAUGGAGCUUCUGGUUCUCCACACCUUAAAGUGGAGAAUGCAAGCAGUGAGUCCUUACUCUUUCAUAGACUAUUUCCUCCAUAAGAUCGACGACAAUCGAACCCAAGUACGAAUUUUACUUUUACGAGCAGUCCAGCUCAUAUCAUGCACAAUAAAAGGAAUUGAAUUCUUGGAAUUCAAGCCUUCUGAGGUUGCAGCAGCUGUGGCAAUUGCUGUUGGAGGAGAAAUUCUAACAAUAGACAAUGAGAAAGCAGUUUCAGCUCUCACUCAGUACAUAGAAAAGGAGAGGGUGUUGAAGUGUGUUAAACUAAUCAUUGAGUUAUCAAUGAAUGAUGGGUUGGUUAAGGGUGCUGGUGGUUCAGUCCCAUCUGUGCCCCAAAGCCCCAUUGGGGUGCUGGAUGCUGCUGCAUGCUUGAGCUAUAGAAGCAACGACACAACCGCUGGGUCGUGCCUGAAUUCUUCACAAAACAGUCCUGCUGCCAAAAGGAGGAAGCUAGACAGACCUUGUGAAUUGUAGCUGCUGCAUAAGUGAUGGAAGCUAUUUUUUUCGCCAUAAACCGAUAUGUUUGAUUUUGUUCUAUAUCAGUUUUGGUGUCUGUGAAGGUGAUCCCUAAGACAAUCAAAACAAAACUAAAAACUGAAGUUGGAAAAGAAGGUAAAGAGGAUUGUGAAUGGGGAGAGUAGAGGAGGAAAAAUGGGAUUGGAAAUAUUUGAUGUUCUUAGCAUGAAAAGAACAAUCACCAGCUGUUAAACAUUAGACUUCUUAACAGCUUGAUUCAAGAAACAGAGAGGAGACAAAUUUGGUGAAUGGAGAAGGAAAAAAAGAGAAAACAGUGGUGGGAGGUUUUUCUUUUUCAUUUAUAGAUACAGUUUGUUUUUAUAUUUAAGGCCAGAGUUUUCCUUUUUUAAGUGUUUGAUAAGAAAAAAAACAAAGCAAAAAAAGUGAAAUAUUAUUA